AAAUCUAAAGCUAUGCAUUUUCCUACAUGAAAAAUGUUUUCGUAGAAAUGCAUUUAUUCUAAUUUAUAUUGCCAAAGUACCAUGUCUGAAACUAACUUUCAUGGAGGGUUACUACCGAAACACGCAAUAUAUCAUUCUUCAGGAGUGUUUCCUGUUAAAUCAAAAGAACAGUUAAAUAGAUGUUUGUCCGUGUACCUUCUACUGCUGGUAGCGGCCAAGUUCCUGCGCGCUGUUGGUCUAUUUAUCUCGUAUGACUUACUAAAGAUCAUCCCUGUGGUACAAUUCCUAUUUCUCAUCAAGUUUUGGAGUUCCCUCCCCCUUCUUGUACUCCAGAAACCAUUUUCUUCAGGCAAAAGAUUAAGUAAUCACCAGUUAUUUCGUGUAUUCCGUCAUGCUGUCAUAGGGGCAUUCAUAAGUCUACUAUGGCUCUUUGGCCUAACACUCUGUGGUCCUUUAAGGACAAUCCUUCUGUUUGAACACAGCGAUCUUGUGAUAAUAGCUGGAGCUAGUGCCCUUUUCUCAAGCAAUGGAGGGGGACCAGCUAAGACUAGAGGUGCCAUAUUUUUCCUUUUUGCAGUCAUCACUUUACUUCUGUUUGACCAUGAUGAAAAAUUAGAUCAUCUUGGUGAUCAUGAGCCUAAGGACAAACACCACACUAUAUUUUCACAUCUAUUUUACCAUACAGUUAAUUUCAUUGGCUGGUCUGACCACAAAGGAGGCGUGGUUCUGCUGGCCUUGACUUUGUGUAUGCAGGUGGGCUAUAACAGUGCCUCACGAAAACUGUCAGUAGAUGUGGGAGGAGCCAAAAAAUUACAUGCUCUCUCUACCCUGGCCCAAGCCACAGUCCUCUGUCCUUGGGCAGCAUUUAUCUAUUUCACCAGAGAGUCUGAAGUGGAGUCCUGGUUGUAUUUAGUCUUCCCCUUAGGUUUAGUGGUGCUUUUUGUUUUUCUGUUAGACUUUUAUAUUGAGGCGGUGGCCUCUAAUCAUCUCCAGGGGCCCCGCACAGCCGUGUAUGGCACAUAUGCUAUUUUUAUCAGUGCUCUUUUGCUUGGGGUAACUUGGAAUCAUCCGAUGGUGUCAUGGAUCACCACGGUAACCAAAGAGAUUAUCACAGAAGAUCAUGUUCUAUCUGGAGGAGUUGUGUUUAGCCUUAUGACCUUUAUUUUGGCUACAAAUAUGUUAGGAUGGCCAAGUCGAGGUAGCAAAACAGGGAGUUUCAUUGGCUACUCUACAACAGGCCAGCCCCUCUACAGCUUCAACAGCGAUGCCAUCGCUCGCACUUCACACUCCAUCGCCACGGUGAUGAAAAAUGGCCUUAAACAGAUUCUAGAGGAGUCAGAUUCCAGAAAAAUAUUUUAUUUUUUGUGUAUCAAUCUAACCUUCACGUUUGUGGAGCUUGUGUACGGAGUAUGGACCAACAGUCUUGGUCUGAUUUCUGACGGUUUUCACAUGCUCUUUGACUGCUCGGCUCUAGUAAUGGGGCUGUAUGCAGCGGUCAUGAGUCGAUGGAAACCUACUCGUAUAUUUUCAUAUGGCUAUGAUCGGGUGGAAGUUUUGUCGGGAUUCAUUAAUGGCUUGUUCCUGGUUGUGAUUGGUGUGUUUGUUUUCACCGAGGCCCUCGGGCGGUUGAUGGAGCCUCCAGAGGUUUCCACAGAAAGACUUCUGACUGUGUCAGUUUUAGGCUUACUAGUCAAUUUAUUUGGAAUUGUUGCAUUCCGAAGUUCACAUUCGCAUAGCCAUGGGGGUCAUGGUCACAGCCAUGGAGGUCAUGGACAUAGUCAUGGGGAUCAUCACCAUGGACACAGCCACGGAGGUGAAGGUCAUCUGGACAGAAAUGCCAAUAUGGAAGGUGUCUUUCUGCACGUUUUGGCGGACACCCUGGGCAGUGUUGGAGUCAUCAUAUCCUCAUUACUGAUUGAAAACUUUGGCUGGAACAUUGCCGACCCCAUCUGCUCGCUAUUUAUAGCCACCAUGAUCCUUCUCAGUGUCCUCCCCUUGCUGAGGGAGACCUCCCUGAUCCUCCUUCUCUGUACCCCCUCAGACUUGGAGACAGAAAUGCCAGAUAUCAUGCAGAAGAUAAUGUCUAUAGAUGGUGUACUGGCGUAUCGCCAUCCCCACAUCUGGAACCACACCUCCUCAAAGAUGCAUGGAACACUGCAUGUACAGGUGUCGUCAGGUGUCAGUGAACAAAAGAUUGUAGCUCAGGUAACCAAUAUAUUUAAGGAACAUGGUGUAACAAACUUAGUCGUCCAGGUGGAGAAGGAAUCUUAUUUUUAUCAUCUAUCAGGACUCGGGGCCAGCUUUAAUCAAAUGAGAGACUUUGGAACAACACAAGAACAAUUCACAUUAGAGUCUAUCAAAGCCAUAUAGAGGCCAUUCAAACAGUCCAUCCUUGUUUUAAGCCAGGGUGUGUGGAAUUGUUAUGUGCAAUCGUAUAACAUUGAAACCAUUCUCAGCUUUUUUAUUUGGCAAUGUGAUAUAUUUUUAUUUGCAUGUAUUUAAUUAAAUUUUCUUUUGUGCCA